UCUGUAUCUCACUUUAUUCUUUUGUGUUUCACUUUCAGGUUCUGUCUUCUCAUGAAGGUGGUAGCCAGAGGUAGACACUGUGAUAACCCCCCAGCAAUGGAGAAAUCAUGAUUUUUGUUUCUUUUCUCUCUUCCUUCUCUAAGCCAUUGACGAUGGUCCUUAGUAAUUCCAGCUGGAGGCUACAGCAGCCUUCUUUUUUCCUGAUGGGCAUCCCCGGUUUAGAGGAAAGCCAGCACUGGAUAGCAAUGCCGCUGAGUGUCCUUUAUCUCUUUGCUGUAAUGGGCAAUGUCACCAUCAUCUUUAUCAUCUGGACUGACCCAUCCUUGCACCAGCCUAUGUACCUCUUUCUGGCCAUGCUCUCUGGCAUUGACCUGGUGCUGGCGUCCUCCACUGCACCCAAAACCCUUGCAGUGCUCCUGGUUCAUGCCCAUGAGAUUGGGUACACUGUCUGCCUGACCCAAAUGUUCUUCAUCCAUGCGUUCUCUUCCAUGGAGUCAGGUGUGCUUGUGGCCAUGGCUCUGGAUCGCUAUGUAGCCAUUUGUCACCCUCUGCACCAUUCCACCAUCUUGCAUCCAGGGAUCAUAGGGCGCAUUGGAAUGGCAGUGCUGGUACGGGGGUUACUCCUCCUCCUCCCCUUCCCUAUCCUGUUGCAGAGACUUAUCUUCUGCCAGGCCACCGUCAUAGGCCAUGCCUAUUGUGAACAUAUGGCUGUGGUGAAACUUGCCUGCUCAGAAACCACAGUGAACCGAGCUUAUGGGUUGGCAGUGGCCCUGCUUGUGGUUGGGCUAGAUGUCGUGGCCAUUGGUAUUUCCUAUGCCUUCAUCCUCCAGACAGUGCUGAAAGUACCGGGGGGUGAGGCCCGACUUAAGGCCUUUAGCACAUGUGGGUCUCACAUUUGUGUCAUCCUGAUCUUCUAUGUUCCUGGAAUGUUCUCUUUCCUCACUCACCGCUUUGGCCACCAUGUACCCCAUCAUGUCCAUGUUCUUCUGGCCACACUCUACCUCCUCGUGCCACCUGCACUCAAUCCUCUUGUCUAUGGGGUGAAGACUCAGCAGAUCCGCCAGCGAGUACUCAGGGUAUUCUCCCUAAAAGGAUGGAUCUGAACACAUCCCAGUUAUUAUUUUCUGAGGCUCCUGUCAAAGGUACUGCCUGGAGUCCAU